GGCGGUGGUGAUUUUAUCAAAAAGUCAAAUGAACUUAUUGAAAAAAGCCUUUGGAGCUUUUGAGAUAGAAGGAAAAAACACAAUACCGACCAAUGAACUGAGUACAAUUCUUGAAAUGAUGGGAAUUCGUCAAACUCAAGAAACUAUAAAUACACUAAUUACCGAAUUUGAUCCAUGGCAUACCGGAGAAAUAGACUUUGAUUCCUUUUCUGAACUUUCUUCUCGGUACAUGGCUGAAGAAGAAAACCCAGAACAAAUGCAACAAGAACUUAGAGAAGCAUUCAGACAUUAUGAUAAGGAGGGUAAUGGGUAUAUCACCACCGAGGUAAUGCGAGAAAUCUUAGCUGAACUAGAUGAUACCAUUCCUGAAGAUGAACUCGAUCAAAUGAUUGAUGAGAUUGAUGCUGAUGGCUCUGGAACAGUUGAUUUUGAGGAGUUCAUGGAAGUUAUGACAGGAGGAGAUGACUGA